CUCCAAGUGUUGCAAAUGACUCCCUCUAGCAUCAAGUCUGAGAGGGGGCCUAUCAAGUGGCCCGCAUCUAACAUGACCUCAUUGUGGAACCAGUUUGAUAGUGAUGCAGCACUCUGAUAAACCCUCCUGGGCCAAGUGUGCAAUUCCACAUGUCAGAGCUGCAGCUGAAGGAGGUUCGAGAGGUUGUCAGGAAAGCGCGAGCUAGUUCCGCUCCAGGACCAAGCGGCACUUCAUACAAAGUGUACAAUAACUGUCCUAAACUCCUGCUGCGCCUGUGGAAAAUCCUGCGUGUUAUCUGGAUGAGGGGCAGGAUCCCUGAACAGUGGAGAGUUGCGGAAGGGGUCUGGAUUCCGAAGGAGGAGAACUCCAAGAAGAUAGACCAGUUCCACAUUAUCUCCCUGUUGUGUAUUGAAGUUAAGAUCUUCUUCAGUGCAGUCUCCAACAGGCUGACCACCUUCCUAUCAAAGAAUAAGUUUAUUGACACAUCAGUCCAGAUGGGUGGAAUUUCAGGAAUGUCUGGGUGUUUGGAACACACAGGAGUGGUAACACAGCUCAUCAGAGAGGCUAGAGAGAACAAGGGCAAUCUGACAGUGCUGUGGCUCGAUCUGGCUAUCGCAUAUAGCUCAAUACCACACAAGCUAGUGCAGCUCACCCUCACAAAACAUCAUGUCCCGUGCAGAGUCAGAGACCUCAUCGCUGAUUACUACAAUAAUUUCAGGAUGAGAACUUCUUCAGGAGCAGUGACAUCAGGCUGGCACAAAGUAAAAAUCGGAAUCAUCUCGGGAUGCACCAUCUCUGUAGUUCUGUUCUCCCUGGCCAUGAAUAUGCUCAUAAAGUCUGCUGAACCAGAGUGCAAAAGGCCCAAGAAGGAGUCAGCUCUUCGCCAGUCACCGAUCACAGAAUUUAUGGAUGACCUCACGGUCACCACAGAAUCAGUCCCAGACUGCUGGUGGAUUGUUAAGGGUCUCGAAAAACUAAUGGAGUGGGCACGGAUGCAUUUUAAACCAGCCAAGUCAAGAUCAAUGGUGCUGAGAAGAGGAAAGGUGGAUGAUAAUUUCCGGUUUAGUGUAGUCUGUCAAGUGCUUAGGCAAGGUGUUUGACAGCACCUUGAGGGACUCCGCACCCAUCCAGUCAACCUGGACUGAGCUGGACAGAUGGCUAAAGACAGUGGAUCAGUCUGGAAUGCAAGGGAAGUUCAAAGCUUGGCUGUACCAACAUGGCAUUCUUCCCAGAAUCCUGUGGCCACUACUUGCCUAUGAAGUGCCAGUCUCGACCAUGGAAACCUUAGAGAGGAAGGUCAGUAGCCACUUCAGAAGAUGGCUGGGGCUUCCAAAAAAGUCUAAGUUGCAUCGCACUCUAAGGGCACCGCAAAACAAACUGCAACUGCCGCUUAAGUCCUUGGAAGAAGAUUUAAAGGUUCCAAAACCUAGGGAAUUGUUGCUAUAUAGAGACUCUAGUGACCCAAAAGUAGCAAAAGCUGGGAUUGAAGUGAGGACUGGUCCAAGGUGGAAGACUGAGGAGGCUGUUCAACAAGCAGAGGCAAGAUUACACUAGAGGCUGGUGGGGGUGGUAACAAGAGGCAGGGCUGGACUGGGUUCCUUUUCAACUCCCCACACUGACACCAUCAAAGGGAAGGAUAAGCACUGCCUAGUCCAGGAGGAGGUGAGAGCAGUGGUUGAGGAAGAGAGAACCUGCAGGACAGUAAGAAUGAGGCAACAGGGUGCCUGGACAUGAUCGGAGAAUGGGAUCUAGAGGAAAGUGACAUGGGC